AUGGAGGAAGCGCGGGACCUCGACGCUUGCCUCGAGUCCAGACUCGACGCUCGAGAGACGCCGCUGGAGCUGGAGCUGAACAAGCUGCGGCAGUUCCUGGAGGAGCAGUUCUCCACGCAGCUGCAGCUGCUCCAAGAGCUCAAGAGGGCCCACUCGCCCGGACCGACACGGACAACAAGAGUGGCGGCGCCAGUUGGGCCCGCGGCGGGGGACAUGUCUGUGGCCCUCGCCUCGGACACAGGAGAGGUGCUCCUGGAUCCUGGCCUGGGCGAGUUCGAGCCCGGUCCAGGCUCUAUGGCCAGCGACUGCAUGUCUGUGGGAACUGAUUGCGGGGAGUGGCGAGAGUUGAAGAACGGCGAGUUCAGAGAGCACAAGAUGAAGGCCUUGGAAGCUCAACGGAAGAUGCUCUCACCGGUCCUGUCUCGUGAGUUCACCGACACUGAGGCACCGGCGGCCCUACAGUUGAAGGACGUCCCCAGCCUCAUCGUGAAUUCGCCAUAUUUCCCCUUGGUCAUCCAGAUUGUGAUCGUGGUGAACUUGCUGAUCCUGGGAGUAGAGGUGGACAUCACCGCGGCCUUGCCUUUGGGGCAGGUGCCCACCUGGUUCCAGGUGGUAAACUACUUGAUCGUGACCGUGUUCGCCUUGGAGCUGCUGUUGAAAUUCAUGGCAUUCGGAUGCCGGGAGUUUUUCUGCAGCUCUGACAGGGCUUGGAACGUGUUUGACCUAAUCAUCGUGCUCAUUUCGCUUCUGGAGACUGGCGUCGAGGUCGUGGCAAAAGCGGCAGCCUCAGAUGGCGCGGACAUGAACACCAGCCACCUUCGGGCUAUGCGCUUGGCGCGCUUGGUCCGGACUCUGCGGGGUGUGCGCGUCAUCCGCCUGUUGAGGUACAUCAGCUCCUUGCGCACCAUCAUGAUCUCCAUCGUGAGCACCAUGGGAUCGCUCUUCUGGACUUUGGUCUUGCUGGUGCUGGUCUUCUACACCUUCGCAGUAAUUUUGACACAGCUCGUGUCGGACUACUGCAAGUACGACCUGCAAGCGGACACGUUGGCCUCCUGCAACUACCACGACGUUGCCUAUUGGUCCAGCGUCCCAGAAAGUAUGCUGACCCUCUUCUUGUCCAUCUCGGGCGGCCUCAGCUGGAUAGAUGCGCUGCUGCCUUUGCGCCAAAUCGGGCCAAUUGCGGUGGGAAGCAUGUUGCUGUAUAUUGUGCUGACCAUCUUUGCAAUUUUGAAUGUAGUGACCGGCGUUUUUUGCAACAACGCGAUCGAAAGCGCGAAGACUGACAAGGACAUUGCAAUCAUGAAGCAGAUGUACAAGCACGAAUCGCAAGUGAGGGCGUUGCGUGAAAUCUUUGCAGAGAUCGACAUGGACUCCUCAGAGAAGAUUACAAUCAGUGAAUUGAAGGAAGCGUUGACCGCCGAGAAGAUGCGGAGCUUCCUGCAGUCCAUGGACAUCAGCACAGAGGACGUGUGGACGCUCUUCAUGGUCAUCGACAGCAACGGCGAUGGUGUGAUCUCCGCAGACGAGUUUGUCCUCGCGUGCCAGCAGCUCCAGGGUCCGGCCAAGGGCUUGCAGAUGGCGCGGAUGAGCUUCGAGAACACCGUCAUGCGGGAGGAGGUGAAGAAGCUUCAGAAGGACUUCGUCCGCUUCAACAAAAAGAUUGAAUCUGGCGCUUCCCCAACGCGGACGCCUCCUCACUCACCGAACCCGAAGCUGGAGCCGCGAGGUGCAGCUCGCCUCAGCCAGCGUUUGUGA